ACAAAACGUAGAUAUUGACGAGCAUUCGAGAAUUUCCUUCUCUCGAAAUAAGCAGGGUUUUGUCCAAACCCUUGCACGGUUUCGCUCCUAUCCGUUGGAGUAAACGAGGAAAUUUGAGGCAAAAUUCGCUUUCGUCAAUCAGACGACUUGCACUUCGUUUAGUGUGAUUCUCGCUAACGAGGUAAAUAGAGAUGACUGUGUCUGGAUUGGCUGGUAGUCCUUCAAGAUGUUGUCUCUGGACACCUGAGCCUGGUAGGCAAAGAUUAAAGUGUAAGCAAGUUGCGGCGUUGUGUAGUUUUGGAAAAUUUAUAGAAAAGACCGAGUUACCAUGUCUUAGAAGAAGUUUUUGGGCAGGUUCCUUUCAACGAUGCAUUCCAAAGCAAACUCAUUUGAUCAGUUGUGCAAUGGACGCCUCGUAUGGUGGUGAUAUGACAAAUGAAGAAACUGGCUCAGCCGCCUUCCCUCGACUUAAUGUAAGGGACCCAUAUAAGCGGCUUGGAAUAAGCAGGGAGGCUUCUGAAGAUGAAAUUCAAGCUGCAAGGAGUUUCCUUAUUAAUAGGUAUGCAGGGCACAAACCGAGUGUCGAUGCAAUUGAAUCUGCCCAUGAUAAAAUAAUCAUGCAGAAGUUUUAUGAGAGGAGGAACCCAAAAAUAGAUGUCAAGAAGAAGGUCAGGGCAGUAACUCAGCACCGUGUUGUGCAGGCUGUUGCCAGUAGAUUUCAAUCUCCAUCAACACAGUUCAUUAUCAAAACUUCAGUUGCAUUUCUUGUACUUGGUGCUCUCACUAUUCUUUUUCCAACUGAAGAAGGACCAACCCUUCAGGUAGCCAUUUCACUGGUGGCUACUUUAUAUUUCCUAUAUGAUCGACUGAAGAGCAGAAUUCGAGCUUUCCUUUAUGGCGCUGCAAGUUUUGCUUUCUCAUGGCUUUUCGGAACCUUCUUGAUGGUAUCUGUGAUUCCCCCAUUGCUUAAAGGACCAAGGAGUUUUGAAGUGAUGACUUCAUUGAUAACUUAUGUCUUACUCUGGGUUUCCUCUACUUACCUUAAGUAGUGCCUAUUAUUACAAGAUCCUGAUUUUGUUGGAGCCGUUGGCGUUAAGAGUUCAUAGUCCUGGCCAUUGAUUGAUUGUGUUCUAGAAAAGGCUGCGGAUGUUGCUGUUCCCAGUGGAGAAAAGAUUUACUUCCAGUCUCUGUUUAUUUAGUUAGAUUUUUCUCACAUGGAUUGUGUUGUAUCCUUCUUACAGUCAACAAUGGCCAAUUACUUUUUGUUGGAUUAGUGGUAAUGUGGUAUCGCCUAAAAAGCAUUUCCGCCAUUAA